CGCAUCCGAAAAUUCUACUACUCCUUGCACUCAUACGACACCCUCCGCUACAUCUCCGCAGCCCGGGAAUUACCCUCCACCCCGGACAAGAUCUGUGAUGGUUGGUCCCCUUUGACCAUCGUCGGCUGUUGCGACGGCAUAUUCUGCAUCUCCGAUGAAAAUGAGCGCAGCGCCUCUGAAAUCAUUGUGUGGAAUCCGACGACUUCCGAGACAAAGCUCCUGCCGCGUUCCACUUGCCCUCGCACAAUCAAGAGCUGUGAGUCCAUUGGUAUCGGCUUCGAUCCCCUGGCCUGGGACUACAAGGUUUAUAGCUUGAAGAAUGAUUCAUGGAAGAGAUUAACUGGCCCCAACAUGUCGAUAAAGAGUGGAGAGCAAGGAAGCAGAGUAAUAUCCAAGACAAGGCAGCCACUUCCUUCCCUUUCAGCAGAUUCCUCGGCAGUCUUAAUGACCGAAGAACAAGACCGCGAGUCCCAAGCAACCUUCCUGACGGAAGAUGUAGUGAUCAAAAUUCUCCUGCGAUUGCCGAUCGCUUCGUGUAUCUCCCGGUUCCGCUGCGUCUGCAGAUCAUGGCGGAAUCUGCUUUCAGAUCCCGAGUUCAUCCGCAAGAUUCUCUUCUUCCGAACUACAACCACCGACCAACAAUCCCUCAGAAUCCUGAUUGCCGGUGACGUUAUCCGCGUCCUGCAGGCCCACAACUCCUCCUUCAACCUCUGGCCCGUACCUGCUGCCGCCGCCCAACCUCCCCGCGUCCGGCAGACCCACUACUCCUUGCACUCCUACGACGCCCUCUGUCCCGUCUCUGCCGCCGCCGCCGUUCCCUGCAAGAUGCGUAAUUACAGGCCAGGUAACCGUUUGGCAAUCGUCGGUUGUUGCGACGGUAUAUUCUGCGUCUCCACGUACCCUGGCAGCAGUGUCUCCGACAUCAGCCUGUGGAAUCCGACCACCUCGGAGACCAGGUUGCUACCGCUUUCCUCUUGUCCUCGCGCUCCGUCCUUCCUCAUGUGUUGCGAGGAAAUCGGAUUCGGUUUCGAUCCCCUGACUCGCGACUACAAAGUUGUCAGGACUUUGGUAUUUGAGCGGAUUGAUGAAGGAGACGACAAUGGUGGUGGUGUUGAUGAUGGUCUUGUAAACUUUGGCUGCCCUUCUCGGGUUGCUUAUACAGAGGUAACUUCAAUUCGGAUGCGUGCGUGCGCGACGUUUAUUACGCCUAAGGAUCCAUUUAAUUUUUAG